CUGGACGUCUUUGUCUUGUUGUCGUACUGCACGUAGAAGCGCUUCGCGUGUGGUUUUUGGUUUGGGUUACAGCGCAACUGAAUGCCACAGUGCUGUCGCGCGCUCAGUCUCACGAGCAUACUAUCUUGAGAGCUGGAGUUUUAUUCUGCUGCCUUGCGACUCAUUUUCUUUUUGUUGCGUUGUCUAUGAGUCUUAACCCAAGAAACCAUUCCAUAUAGGCUAGUGACAAUUUUGGACCAGGUUACGGAACGUUUUCUUCUUAUAUAGCCUACUCUGGAUGUAGCCUAUAUUGUGACCAACGAUGUUUCAAUGGACCUGAAUGAGAAAGGAUUAUUCUUUUGAUCGCCAAAACAAUAAAUUGCGUGUCUGAAAGAACUUACCCACGGAUAAAAAAACGCAAUGAUUUUCGCCGCGAUUUACAUGGUUUUACCACUGUUGGAUGUGCUGUUAUCUGCCGAGGAGUCUUACUUUACUAGCUCAAACCGGCUGGACUGUGUGAAGGCGAACGAGUUGUGUUUGAAGGAGCCGGGAUGCAGCACAAAGUAUCGAACUAUGAGGCAGUGCUUGGCGGGGAGGGAGACCAACUUCAGUAUGGUGACUGGAGUGGAGGCGAAGGAUGAAUGCCGGCUUGCGUUGGACGCUCUAAAGCAGAGCCCUUUGUAUAACUGCCGCUGUAAAAGAGGCAUGAAGAAAGAAAAGAACUGCCUGCGCAUCUACUGGGGGAUCUAUCAGCAUUUACAGGGGAAUGAUUUGCUUGAGGAUUCUCCAUAUGAGCCUGUGAACAGCCGGCUUUCUGAUAUAUUUCGACUUGCUCCCAUCUAUUCAGAGGGAGGGACUAAUGGCGGUCCCUGGAGCAAUCCUGUCACCGUGGCCCCAGGGAGAGGGUCCCAGGGCAGGUCAAGACCAUUUGAACCUCAAGACCCCAGUAGAAACAGAAGGGCUCACCCAAACUGGGCUAUUCUGGGUGAGCCAGCGCUAGCAAAGGAGAACAACUGCCUGAAUGCAGCGAAGGCCUGCAACCUAAACGACACCUGUAAGAAAUACCGUUCGGCUUACAUAAGCCCCUGCACCAGCCGAGUCUCAACGGCUGAAGUCUGCAACAAACGCAAGUGCCACAAGGCCCUGCGGCAGUUCUUCGACAAGGUGCCGCCCAAGCACAGCUACGGUAUGCUCUUCUGCUCCUGUCCUCUGGGGGAUCAGCUGGCCUGUUCUGAGCGGAGACGCCAGACCAUCGUACCAGCCUGUUCAUAUGAGGACAAGGAGAAGCCCAACUGCCUGGCACUGCAAGCGUCCUGCAAGACCAACUACAUCUGCAGGUCUCGUCUGGCUGAUUUCUUCACUAACUGUCAACCGGAGCCCCGCUCUCUCUCUGGCUGUCUGAAGGAGAAUUAUGCUGACUGCUUGCUGUCAUACUCUGGCCUCAUUGGCACGGUGAUGACCCCAAAUUAUCUGCGCUCACCCAAGAUCAGUGUGUCUCCAUUCUGUGAUUGUAGCAGCAGCGGCAACAGCAAAGAGGAAUGUGACAGAUUCACCGAGUUCUUCACUGACAACGGCUGCCUGCGUAAUGCAAUCCAGGCAUUUGGAAAUGGGACGGAUGUGAGCGUUUGGCAGCCAAUGCCCCCAGUGCAAACAACCACCACUAUGACAACACCAUCCCAGAGGAACAGAGAUAGAGAGAGAUCACCCAAUGCCAUAGAGCCAGGGACACAUCUCAAUCCGGCGGAUAACUCCCUUUACCAGUUCUGUGGAAGCCUCCAGGCUCAGAAGCUGAAUACAAACAACACAAUAGAUGUGUUAUGUGUGGACCCACAGAUCGAUGACCCCAGCUCCUCCAACACCAUCUCCAGGAAUUCGUCCGCUCGGCAGGCAACUCUAUCAGGCCUUAGCUCUCUGCUGCUCCUGCUGGCUACCUCCUUGCACUGCAUCUUCACCAUAGCGAUGUUGUAGCCACCUAAGAACAUACAACAGGGACAGUCACAAUUUGUACAAAGUCGAUAGCUGUUCCUGGUCAAUCUGUUGUACUCGGUACUCUCUCUCUCUCUCUCUUAGUCCCUCCCUUCCUCUCUCUAGCUGUUCUUUUUUUUUAAAAAAGGGGUCAUAUGAUGCGAUUCAAUUUUUCUUUUCUCUUUGGAGUGUUACAAGCUCUUGGUGCAUAAAGAAGAUCUGUAAAGUUGCAAAGACUAAAGUGUCAAAUCCAAAGAGAUAUUCUUUAUUCUUCCACGCCUACCUAAAACGCCUCCCACGUCUACUUCAAGAUUCAAGAUUCAAGAUUUUUUUUUUCGUCAGCUACACAGUUAUAUAGAGCAUAUAUAACCAGCAGUGUAAUGUGAGUCAGGUCCGCUCCAAGGACAGUGCAAUUAUUAAAGAAUACAACACAGAUGAAAUAUACAUAAAUAUAGCUAGGAAAGAAUGAAAUAAAAGUAAACAAAAAAAAUUAAAUAUUAAAAAAAAAUUACUUCACGAUGUGGGAAGAUUUGCAUAACACCGCCCAAAGGUUCAAACAAAGAAAGAAGACGUAACUUUUAUUCUCUCUGUUGCUGCCGCCGCCAUGUUGUGGAGACGCUGUGUGUUUCAUUGUGAAAGCUAAACUACUUUGUUUGGUCUUCCAAAAGAGGACACAACUAGAAAUCAGUGGUUAAGUUGUAUUUACAACACUUUUCCAGAACAGUUCAACCCAAAUAUUCAGAUGUAUGCUGCGUAUUUUAUAGAGGAUGAGGACUGUUUGCCAUGAGAGUAGCCUGUUUCUAUAAAAGUGAGGCAGCCUGUAAGUAAGUUUUUUAUAUUUAAAUAAUUUGCCAAUUUUAUUAAAAUGCGAGUUUUGAGCAGUGUAGAGCAGAGCUUGUUGUUUGUUGUUUCUCCAAUCACAAAUGCAGAUAUAGUUUUAUGUAUACGCAGCGUGAUACUCAAUGCAACGCAUAAAAAGACCGUAUAACUCAUUAUAAUUAGUAAUCAUGUCCCCACUGGAUGCAACAAAUGCCUCAUUUGUAAUGGGUUGUAUUGGUUUUGUCUGUUCUAGUGAUGUCCGGAUCACGAACGAGUCGUUCUAUUUAACUGGAUCUAAAUAGUUCACCAAAACGAACUGAAACGUUUGAAACGGUUCACAUCUCCAGUACGCACUAAUCCACAAAUUACUUAAAUUAUUCAGUUUAUAAACCUGGCUGACACUCCCUCUGAUGCGAAAUAAACCGAUUUCCUGAGUCACUCAGUUAUUCCUAACAUUGCAUUGACUGAACUGCUAAAAGAGAACUGAUGAUGGAAUGUGCACAAGCAGAGCAGCUGGACUGAGACUCGUCCUGCUGCGAGACGCCAUCGCAGUAUGUUAAGGGGCGUAACAUAUCCGUCACAUGCUUAAGGCAUUCGGCCAAUCACAAAACAAUGAGCUUUGUAAAAAUCCAUGCGUUUCAGAAAGGUGGUGCAUAGAGGAGAAACAAUAACGUACAUUAUAUGGAAAAUAAUGUGUUUUUUUUUUUACCAUAAACCCCAUCAACACAUUGCAUUACACCAAAUACACAAAAUGAUGAUCUUUUUAGAAACGUCAUAUGACCCCUUUAAGAGAUUUUGUUGAUGUUGUCGAUGCAACAAAACAAAGUGGUCUUGGUGUACUCGAGUUUCUGUCUCUCUUCCCUCCUGAUUUCGCAUCAGAAGAUGAAAUGGGAAAGAAAUGCGAGAGAACCCUGGAAUCAUUGCAGCAUUCCCAUGUGAUGUUGUGCCGUUUACGUGUUUGAGGUCCAGAAAUCAUAAGGACUCCUGUCACAGCAGUAGAGAUUAAUCUUAUCUGUGCACUUAACAAUACAGUGUGCACUAUCCAUUGCUCACUGGUACACAAAGUAAAACCAAGAAACUAUUAAAAUGUAAUUUUUAAGACGUGGUCACUGUUUAUUUUUACGAAUUGUCUUCUGCAAUCUUUUUUUUUUUUUUUACAUUAUGGUGAAAAUUAGAUUCUCACUAAUAGUGCUUCUCCGUAGUUUUUCGAUAGCAUUACCGGCCCAUCUGUAGGUCAAACAUAUCAAAAGACAUUUACAAGACAUCUAGUCACAGAAAGUGAAAGGAGGGUUUAGAGGGGAGUUUACUGGAUGAUCAACAGGACAGUAGCUUUGUCUGAAAAUACAUGAAGGAGCCUAUUUGAUAACUUUGCUCUGGUUUGUUAUGGUGUGGAUGCAUGUGUGAAUGUGAAAUGUUGUUUGUAUGUGUUUGUUUGAAGGUUGAGGAUGAGGUCAUGGGUUGACUGGAUGGAUAUGUCAAUAGAACUGGGGUUUCAUAACUCCUCUGUCACAGUUUACGGGAGAAAACAUGGACUGAGGCCAGGCAGCAGCAUUGAUUCUUGUGUAAUCAAACGAUGUGUCAAGGUUCUAUGUUACAAUUGCUUAUAUAAGUAUCUGUAAAUUGCAUCACCACUCACAAGGCUAAACUUACCGGCAUCCGUGUAUCUAUCAAGUGUAUAUUGCCUUUCUGAUGUUGCUUUGACAGAGAUUUUCAUACUUUGGCCCCAACGAAACAUGCAAUCUACAGUAGUCAUGUAUGUAAUAUAUACUGUAGCCAGUUUUUUGUACUGUAUGUCUAUACAAAAGUUACUGAAAGAGUCAGUAUUGUGAUCCUGCAUCACAAUUACUUAAAACCAGUCAGAAUUCUUGAUGAUGAAUUAAUAAAUAAAAUAAAAAAACAGAAGUCUUAUAUAUGGCAGUACGAGGCAUGUGCAGUUUAACCAGCUCAGCGGUACACAUUAAAAGAGUCUAUGACAUGCUGCUUUGGAUCAUGUGGCAUUUUUGAUCAAAAACAAAUACUGUAUUGUUGUAUUCCAUGUUAUUUAUAGGACAUUUUAAGUGCUACAUAAAAAAAAAUAAUAAAGAAAUAAUAAACACUCAAACAUAUAUACUUCUACAUGAACUAUGUUUAUAGAGCCUGCUAUAUUUGAAUUGGGAUUUGGUUGUACAAUGUAUUAUCAUAUUGGAUAAGAGUUAUCGCUUUUCUUAAUAACUGUAUACACAGUAUAUAUUUUGUUUAGAUAUUACAGUACAGAUUGAAGACUUGCAUCUGUAAUUAUUGCUGUCCUGUCCUAUAUCCCAAAUGAAGGAGAUGUAACACAGCCAUGUAUUUACUAUACCACUAUGUUAUUGUUUUAUGGUAAGCCAAAAAGAAAGGGGGAAAAAAAACUUAUUUUUGUAUCCUUUUGCAUUAUGAGUUUAUUUAUUGUAAUUUUGUCUUUUCUGCUGGUAAGCAGUAUGGGAACUUUAAAAGUAUGAACAUUAAAAAACCAAGCAUGAAUGAUGGAAAUGUAAUAAAGGCUGUUGGAUGCGGUUUGUUGUGGAUUUUAAGCAGGCAUUUUGUGGUGGUCUGCUGUAUUUGGGUUUGGUUUGCGACAUAACGUUGCUGUGAAGAUGGGAGCAGGACAGUAAGAAUCUUACACUGUAAAAACUAUAUUUCACUACAUCCACAUCUUAUUGCUCCAGAGAAUCAAUAAAAAUAAUAAAAACAAAACCAGACGCUUCCACGAUCUGUCACAUUUAUUCUUAGCUUGUGAAAAUGUAAAAAGUAUUCUAUGAAAACGAUUAAAAUGUUGAUGAUUAAAA